UUUCGUUGGAAAUUGUAGCGGAAUGUUCAGCUUAGUCUUAGUACUUUGUUUGCUAGCGCAGUCCCAUGCCGCCGUAAUACCCAAAGCAACCGGGUGUACCAUCGUGAUCGGUAAGCAUUUGGGCAAUCCACAACCCGUUUUGGCUCUUCAAAAUGAUGCCACUACUGCUUCUGAAGCAAUUAUUUUACCGCAUGACAAACAGGGAACAAUUGCAUUCAACAAAGGGGAUUCAAUUGAUAUUGCGUGCCCUGGAGCACAAGUACAGUUGUAUGGAACUUCUAUGAAAGAGGAUUUAGUAGCAGCAACUUGCAACUCUGGAACAAAUUUCAAGGUUAACGGGAAACUCAUUCCGUUUUUAAAUAUUACCUGCUCUCGAAGUCCGAAGAGUUCAGCUCGCUUUACUGGAAAAAGGUGUGCGAAAAACAUGAAAGAGAUUCAAAUAGGGUUUCAGGUGAAAGAUAGAUUUAUUGACCAUAUCUUGACAUGUUAUGAUGAGAAGUCGCAAAACGCCCUGUAUGCAGUUUCCUAUUUAUCUCACAAUGUUGCAGGAAGUCAAGUGAACUUUCCUAGACCGAGUUUUCAGGCAGCCAGUUUCUAUAAAACUGAUCAAAAGGUUGAGUAUUUGUACUCCAGAAAAGGUCAAGCGAGCACAGUUAAUGAGAUCUUGGGAUUAAACGCUAACGAUUCUUCCAUAAUCCAUCCUACUAGCAAGAUAUUCCUAGCCGUAGGGCACUUCGCCCCAAAGGCAGACUUCGUGUUUGGCUCGCAACAAAGGUUAACCUUUUACUUCGUCAAUGCCGCGCCACAAUGGCAAAACAUAAACGGUGGAAAUUGGAAUACCAUGGAAAAGAACGCGAGAAAGCUAUCCAUAGAAAGGAAGUUAGAUUUGACCGUAUACACCGGUACUCACGGAGUUAUGACACUCCCCGACGUUGACGGCGUUGAACAAAAACUGUACCUCUGGACUGGAAAAAAAGGUCAGCGCGGUAUACCGGUACCAGCCUUCUUUUAUAAAGUUAUAUACGAACCGAAGUCUCAACUAGGUAUCGCUCUAGUUUCUCGCAACGACCCGCAUACAAAGAUUAGUAAAAGUGACUACAUUUGUCGAGAUGUUUGCGAUAAAGUAAAGUGGCUCACUUGGAAACAAGAUAAUAUGGACCUUGGUUUAGUAUACUGUUGUGAAGUCGAUGACUUUAGAAAAGCUGUAAAUGUUUUACCUGCAUUCAAGGUAAAAUCUUUGCUCAUUUAAUGAAAAAAGUUAAAUAAACAAAAUGAUCUCAA